GUUGUGUGUGGUGGAGGCAGCUGUUGACGUGUUGCUCCAGUGGAAAGUGCAGGGAUAGUGCACAAGUUCUUACCCCCAAUAUGGAGGGGUGGGCAGGAGAUCAUUGGUCAGUGUCCAGCCUGGCAGCACUGGAGAUACCGCUGCACUACUGGCUUAUGAGGGAUCGGUCCUGUUCUCCAAACUGAUCAGCUUUCAUGAGGAGGUGAGCUCAAGACUGGACCGCGGGGAAUCGCUGGAUUUCUCAAAAGCAUUUCAUACGGUGCCACAUAAAAGACCAGCAUCUAUACACCUCCUGAGAACUUCAAAGAUCUAAGUAUUCAUCUGAAGUAACCGAUCCGGACCUGAGGAGCAUCUUACAGCAUCACCCGCCAUUCCAGGAUCUUCUCACUCCCUGAAGAUCACUAUACAGUGAAACCUACUGCCCCAGGGCUACAGAGGAUUUACCCCACUCACUGCUGGAACAUUAACUCAUUCAUAAUGUCCAGAUGACUCUAUUAUUCUGUCCUCAAGGAGACAGGAGCAAAGAUGGAGGACAGCGUGUUCAUAAGUUACUGUGUGCUUGCAUUUAGUUUCUUUGUCUUCCAGACUUUAUUUUCUGCCAUCUGUCCAAUAAUCUCACCAAAAAUUAGUGACACCUACAAGAAACUCAGCUUUGCCAAGCAAUGUGAAUGGGACUCCAGGAUUGUCUCUAUGGUACAUGCACUGAUUGUCGGUUCUUUCUGCCUCUAUAUUUUGGUGUAUGAUGAUGCAGUGAAUACGGAUCCCAUAUGGGGGGACCCAUUUCAGGUGAAAAUGAAUGUUGCCAUCACUUCUGGCUACCUCGUCUAUGACUUGCUGCUUUUUGCUCGUUUUUGGAAGGAGAUGAGAGACCCGUACAUGGUCUGUCACCAUUUUGCUGUGAUCUACGCCUAUGGAUACGUUCUGAACCGCGGCGUACUACCGUAUUUUGCUAAUUUUCGUUUGAUAUCUGAACUGUCUACGCCAUUUGUUAAUCUGAGGUGGUUCUUUGAUGCAGUGAACAUGCCAAAAUCCUCUAGACCUUUCUUGGUAAACGGCUUAGUGAUGGCUGUUGUCUUCUUCAUUGUCCGAAUUGCCGUGAUACCCACCUACUACUCUCAAGUCUUUGCCACAUUCGGGACAGAAGGUUACAUCCGUCUGGGCAUCGGGCCUCAGGUAGCGUGGAUUGUGUCCUGCGUGAUCUUGGACAUUCUCAACGUUUUCUGGAUGUACAAAAUCGUUCGAGGAUUUUACCGGGUGGUAAAAUCAAAACCUGGGGGAAAACCAACAAGGAACCAUGCGGACUGAAUUCCUGUGAACUACCGUAGUGUUUGAGGCCGAAUACAAGGAGAACAUUACUGUAUGGUGGGCCAUACCAAGCGAGCUCUUUCAUUGUGGACCAUACCAAACAAGAGGGGGUUGUGGACUGUGUCAACAAUAUUGUACCUCAAGAAUGGAAAGAAAAAAAAACAACCUAAAGUUUGUAGUAAAUUUUUUAUAUAUUUUUUUUUUGUUGCGUAUUAGAGAAAAAUUAAGACUCCUAAAUCUAUGUGGCCAACAGGAUGUCUUUUUUAAUAUGUACGUUCCUCCCGGUAACACGAGCCUUUAAAGGAGAUUACCACUUGAGUUUUUGUUAGUAGGGUCCACUGGUUGUCCCCCAGCUUACAGCCUCAGAGAUCAGCCAACAUUUUUUGGGGGUAUCUCUCAGCAAGUGUUCAAGUCCUCUUUGGUGCCCACUGAAAUGCAACGCGCCACAUCCUCCAGGAAUCGAGAGAUGCUCCUCAAAAGGAGGAACAACCCUAAGCUUUUCCAUCCCUAAGCACGAUUUCACACCAUAUUACGGACACAAGUGUAGGCCCGGGACUGACCCCUGACCCUAGGCCAUAGAGGCCAGGAAGGUCUCUUUGUUUGAACGGGGUAUAUGCAAUGUCUAUAGAGGCUUAUGGAUGUACCAGGUCUAUAGAGUCUCUGGUGGUGCUAGGAUGUAUACUACUGUAGAAGACUUAAAGCCAUAAAAAAAAGUUUUUCCCAACCAGUGCGCCUCCAGCUGUUGCAAAACUACAACUCCCAGCAUGCCCAGGAGACCCUAAUGCAAAAUGUGUCACAGGGCCCAACCUGCCAUGUAUAGUACUGGCGUCUUAUUAAGGGGUCUUUGGGCUCUCUAAGACAUUAGGGCCCAAGUGUGACUGUUACCUUUGCGUUCCCUAUAGCAGUGUUUCCCAACCAACGCUCCUCCAGCUGUUGCAAAACUACAACUCCCAGCAUGCCCGGACAACCGUAUAAUUAUGCCUGAAUAAUACCGCCAUACUGUGUUAAUAAACACUAGUACACAGUGCCUUCACAACAGGGAUAUAUACUGUAAAACAAUAUUUUUAACCAGUGUGCCUCCCAGCUGUUGCUAAACUGGAAGCGCACUGGUUGGGAAACACUGCCCUAUAGCUAUAGGAAUCCUACAGAACUUUUUGGAGGGGGUCUGGUAUAGUAAAAUCUUUGGACUGUAGCUAUCCUGUAAUCCUGUUGUUGAGAUCAAAUCGAGAUUUUUAAAGAAAAUAUUACGAUUCAAUGAAUGUCAUCUAUUUUAAUGGUUGAUCUAUAAAAUUUACUUUUUCAAUAAAACCAAUCCACCUAAAUGUAUUCUUCCGCCUGAUGUCCGUAACUACAGUAGAACAAUGGACAAGCAGUAAUGUUAUGUCUACAGCAGUGUUUCCCAACCACGGUGCCUCCAGCUGUUGCCAAACUACACCUAUUCCGCAAAUGAUUAGAACUUGGCGGCACUAGGAAAUGCGCACAACUGCACUUCAUCAGGAAUAUCAUGAAAACUGAUGAAGCGCAGUUGCGCGAAACGCGUUGCAUGUU